CGACAACGUAAACGAUAAAGUCGCAAAUCGCGCAUCACUGCGCCUCUCGUCUCAGGCUCGUCUCGUGCGUGCAUUCCAUGUGAAUCUUUCUAGUGCUUUUUUGGAUAAUCCCCUUUUCUUCGGAUAUUAUAAAUUACCUUAACUUUGGAUGCAUCACACGCCUAGCGUUGGAUUAAACACUUUACAAACCAGCGUCAUGUCGUCGAUUAAUUAUCAAAUCUACGCCUUUCUGUUGGCAACGACGCUGCUCUGGCUUGGCGCUGCCCAAGCGCAGCUGCUUGACGAGGAUGAGGAUGUCUUUGGCAGGCCAUAUCCCACGUACAGUCUGCAGAAUAUGCCAAAGACGCAGUUCACGUGCCGUGACAAGAUACUUGGCGGUUAUUAUGCCGAUCCCGAGACUCAGUGUCAGAUGUUCCACGUCUGCGUCAAGCUGCCCGGAAUUGGGGUGCAGGACUAUCGCUUCCUCUGUCCCAACAGCACGGCCUUCGAUCAGGAGCUGCAGAUCUGUGCCAAUUGGGCCGAUGUCGACUGUGACAAGGCCACCUCGUAUUAUGACAACAAUCAUCUCAACGAUCUCUAUCGCGACGGCGAUGGCAGCGCGGCAGCAGUAAAAAAUGCCAACGAAGAGGAGGCCACAUUCCAUUUACAGCGGGCCGAAAGUGCUGAUGUGCGUCGCAGCAAGGAGCAUCAAAAGUCGCGCCCCAGACACAAUAAUUAUGGUUCAAGUGGAGCGAGUUCGGCAAGCAAUUUGAAUGCUGCGGACAAUACGCAGACAUCUAAGAGACCCAUCACCAGCUAUUAUACGCCCACCACAAGCAGCACCACAACAACAACAACAACCACUACAGAGCGCAGCUACUACAACAACAACCACAACAAUUACAACUUCAACAACAACAACAACGAUGACUCGAAGCAAGACAUCGAUGAUAUCUUCAAGGGUUCCCACAGCUCGCAUUUCUUUGCCAAUCGCCACGGUGGUCGCGAAUUCGAUGAGGAACCAUCUUCAGCUUCAGCUUCGGCUCCACGUUCCCGUCCAAAUGACUUUAACGAUUACAAUCGCAAGACUACCGAAUCGGCAAGUAAAACGCGUGCCACGCCCACACGCAGACAGACAACGCCAUCGACCACAACCACAGCAUUCACAACGACCACAACAACAGCGGCUCCAGCGAUCAAAAAGAUCACGUUGCAUGCUUCAUUCAAUGCCGAUUUCCAGGACUUCGCUCAGGCGCAUAGCUUCAAAUCGACCACGCCCAGUACACAGCCGCCCACAGCGGCUACAACUCCCAGACAGCUGAGCUCUGGCAUCACGAGUCGUUUUAGCUUUGGACUGAACGAUUAUCAGACUCAGGAGCGCAUACAACCCACGACUUAUAAUCCCAACUAUCGUUUCAAGAGCACCGAGUCGGUGGCAAGUUCCACCAAAUUGACGGGCAAGAAUGCGCAGGACUUCGACAAGGAGACUACAAGGCAACGCCAGAAGCCAACGGUGGCGGCACGCAAACAAAAGCUGGCUCCUCAAGAGUCCAACUUUAUCAAUCACAAUGAAUUUGCUGAGGUGGCCAAGCCACAACCUUUCCAGGCGGUGCCCAAGAAGGUGAAUCAACUGGAGCCGCAGUAUCAGCGACCUAGAGCACAGCCACAGCAAUCCUUGGGACGCGUGGGCAACCAAGAGCCGGCGCCUUUCAAGGCUGCAUCCUCUGCUCCCGCCAAACCACGCAGCUUUGGCAGUCGUGGUAGCAUCACCUACAAGGCCACAACACAGAAAUAUGCGGACGAUGAAUUCUACUAUCCAACCACAACGAGCACGCAGAAUCCCAGCAACAACAACAAUAACAAGAAGCAAUCCACGGCUUCUGUUAGAGAUGCUUUCACGCCAACUACUUUCAGACCCACAACCUACAAGAAACCCUACGAACAAAGUUUCUAUCAAACGCAGCAGACGCUGCGUCCCAGUCAGAGUCCUGUGAAGAAAGCCACUUCCGUAACUGCUGCUCUGCCCACCACAGCUAAUCCCUACUACAAUGUGGAUGAGGAUGAUGGUCAGUAUCAUCCUGAACUCUACGAAAAUGACUUUCCACGCAAUCGCUUCAAGUUCUUGCGCAAUCGUAGCUCGAGCGCCACAAGCAGCACAACAACAACGACAACAAGUGCGCCUUACUCGAGUCGACAACCACAUGGCUUCAGUCACAACAACUUUCAGCAGGCGCACAGUCAUCUGAAGAGUCAACAGCAAUCGUCACAGCAAAAGGAACGCGAAGCCGAUGUGAGUGAUGAGGAUGAGGAACUCUUUAAGACGGCACAAUCGUUGAACUUUGGCGCCGCCAGCAUUAAUAAACUGCGUGCCGAUAUCUACAAGGCGGAGAAGACAUCGCAGGCGUACAACUCUCAGUACAGUCCACAGGCAGCGCCAUCUAGUCCGACGACGACCAGCAGACCAACAACUUACAGCGGCAGCAGCAGCAGCAGCAUUUCGACCAGCACAUCGCGUCGUCCGACAACCACAACCACAACAACAGCCAGAACAACCACAACUAGCAAAAGCACCACUGUGGCGCCCAAGAAGUCAGCCAAGAGCAAAAAGGAGGAGAAGAAGAGCAAGCGACCGCCGCAUGCCGAUGAGGAUACCAGCUACGAUUAUGCCUACUAUGACACGGACUAAACUAAACAGAAAGUCCUUGCUUCCCUAGCCCAGCCCUCGAACUUACUUUACUUACUUUUCCUGCCACAAUCAUGACUUCUUUCCGCCGCCAACUACUCGUUUAUAGGUGCCACAGUAUUUGAUAACAGUUUUCAUACCCUCCCUCCAUUUAGCUUUUUUUCCAUACAGCCAAUUUAAUUUGCUCGCAUUAUUCACCCAGCAUUUUGUAUCGAAUACCCAUUUAACACUCGCGUUUAAUAUUCAUGCAAAAUCAGUUGCGUUCUAUAUGAAUUUCCAUGCGUGUAUCUAGUUAUUUAAAUAAAAUAAAAAAGAAACAUAUUUUUAGUCGUUAGACAAUUGUUAAACUAAAAUGAAACGAAACAAAACACACACUAAAAAUCCAAUUCGAUGUGCAGCUGGCAAAAUUUAAAAAAACAAUUCUUUUGAAGUAUUUUGUAUUUUUUGUAAUGGUAAACAAGUAUAUGCAUUACGAAAUUUCUAUUAAUUUUAAGUUUUCUUGUAA